AUGAGAACCACAUCACUAAUUUUGGGAGCGCUCGCUGCGUUCCAAUCUGUUCUUGCCGCCUCGGUCAAUGAUGUGUGCACGGUUGGAUACUGUACCCUUAACGGCGGAACGAGUGGAGGGAGCGGCGGUGUUACAACCACGGUCUCCUCAUUAGCUGCGCUCAAGACUGCAGUUGCGGAUGAUGUUGCACGGAUAGUGGUAGUCACCGGUACUAUCACUGGCAACGAAGCUGUGCCAGUCGGAUCAAACAAAUCGAUUCUUGGAAGCGGCGGUGCAACCCUUGUUGGUGUUGGUUUGAGAGUCUUGGAAAAGAAGAAUGUCAUCAUUCGGAACCUUAAGAUCCAGAAGUGCCUGGCGCCUAUCGAUGGAAUUGGUAUUCAGCUAUCGACCAACGUCUGGGUCGAUCACGUUGACCUCUCUGCCGACCAGGAUCACAGCAAGACUUCCCGUGUUGUCCCCAUGAUCAUUGGCUUAUCUUCACAUGUUUACGUGCAGGACUACUACGACGGACUCCUCGAUAUCACCCACGCGGCAGAUUAUAUCACUAUCUCAAACGUCUAUUUCCAUGACCACUGGAAGGGAUCCCUUAUUGGACACAGCGACAACAACGGUGCUGAAGACAUUGGCACUCUCAGGGUAACAUACUACCAGUGCCAUUUCCAAAACGUCUAUUCUCGUGGCCCCAGUCUACGUUUCGGAACAGGACACGUCAUCAACGGCUGGUACGAAAAUAUGGAAGAUGCCGUGAACACCCGCCAGGGCGCUCAGAUGCUCCUGGAAAACUCUGUCUGGAGCGGCAUCACGAAGUGUGUGAUCUCAUCAGAUGCGGGUUACGCCGUCCUGCGUGGAUGCGAUCUUGGAGGAGGCACCAAUAGUGCACCGACUGGAACGCUGACUAGCGUUCCUUACUCGUACACUUUGCUGCCUGUGACAUCCGUCCCUAGUGUCGUUGGGGCUAACCAAGGGGCUAUCUUGACUUGGUAG